AUGCUGAAGAAGGUGGCACCAACGGAGACCGCGUGCCAGUUUGAGCAUGAGUCGGAGGUCUGCUUUAUGGGCUGGAAGAAGACCACGGCCUUCGAGCUUCCACUGGACUACUUCCGAAACUAUUCCCUCCAGAACAGGUCACAAAAGUCCUGGAACAAUCCCUUGGAUGUCAUUGGCCAAAGAAACUGUACCUCCAUGCAGCCGUUUCAGGACAGUGAGGGAGCAGAGCCCUUCCUGCUCACCCUGCAGCUGGUGUCCGAAAUGCAUGUCGACGAAGUCAGCGCCGUGCCCUUUCUGCUCUCAGAGCAUGGGCGCGUCUUGAAAUCGGACUUCGCGUGCACACAGCGGAAGCAGAGAUGCGAGCUCAACGUUCACCACGCGGCCGAACUCGUGCAAGCUGCCUGGCAGGCCAGAAACCUCGGGAACGAGAUGCCGAUGAUGGGCAUCGUCUUCCUCCUGCCAAAAGAAUGUUCGCUCUCUGUGACCGAUUACUGGAACUUCACCCUGCAGGAAUUUGAUCUUCAGUCUGGUCACCAGGCCACCAUUUGUGGGUAUACCCACGCACCCAUGGCAGCAGCCAAGUUCUGUGGCGGUGACUUCGAGACACGCGCAUUCAAGUUUCCCAUUGAGCCGAGACAAAAGGAUUGCGUGGGCCCACGCAGUUUCAGAAGAGGUCAAAGCUACCCAAAGGCAGUAGCGAGAUCGACGCCGUCGUGA